AUGAGGACCGCCUGUAACGUUUACGUAGCGAACCUUGCAGCAACGGACUUCGCUCUCUGUCUACUCGUCCUCAUCCAGUCCAGUAUUGUCCAGUCAGAGCCACCUUAUUGGACUGGGGAUAGGUACACAGGGUUUACUUUGAACUACGUCCGAAGCUGUGACAUCAGCCGCGUCAUCUUGAUUUUUCUGACCUCUGCAAGUGUCCUUCUGUUGACAGUGAUAGCUGUGGAGCGGUACAGGGCGAUAACAAACCCGCUGAGGAGCAGACAACACGGGACGGUGAAACACGCGGGGAGAAUCUGUGGCGCAGUGUGGAUAGCAGCCGUCCUGGCUGCAGUUAUCGACACAAUCGCUAGGAACGUUGUAACCAACGAUUGGACUUUCACAAGCGCGAGUCUAUACUCCAUCUCGUGCGUCGUUCUAAAGCUUGAGUCGUCAGAUGCCAGUCAACCAUUGUUUAUCAUAUCCCUCUUGAAAUUUCUGCUUGGCUACGUUUUGCCCAGCUGUAUAAUAAUUCCUCUGUACGUGCGGAUAUUGGUGAAGGUGAGACAGUCCAGCCGUUUGGCGGUGCGAGAGACGAGAACGGAUCACCAGGCGUACCUCAUGGUGCUUGUAGUGACAGUUUUCUUUCUUAUCACCUGGCUUCCUAUCUACAUCAUCCAGUUACUUAUUCAUCUGUUUUAUCAGAAUGAGAACAUAAUGGUUCUGCAAGUGGCGCUGCUCCUCGCCCUGUUAAACUCUGUGGCCAACCCGUUUCUCUACGGUCUUCUCGGGAAGAACUUUCGCGACAAAGUGGCACAGACGUUCUGCUGCAAGCAGGACACUAGAAACAUAUUACAGACCACCAGUACAUCAGACUUUGCCAUGGAACAGGCUACAAACGGGCCAGGGCAGGCCCAGGGUAUAGACAGGCUGGGCAUGUCUACGGUAUAG